GGCCCCCUUAUCUGCCCCCGCCCCGCGGGCCCCGGCACUGCCAUGGACGGCCCGCUCCUGUCUGUGCUGCUGCUGCUGUUGCUCAGGGCCUGGAGCCUGGGGGGCCAGGGGCCGGAGCCAGGGGGUCCCUCGGAGGAGCCCGGGAAGGAGGAGGUUCCUGAGGAGGAUGGGAUCCUGGUGCUGAGCCACCGCACCCUGGGCCGGGCCCUGCAGGAGCACCCUGCCUUGCUGGUGGAGUUUUAUGCCCCGUGGUGUGGGCACUGCAAGGCGCUGGCCCCUGAGUACAUCAAGGCAGCUGCCCUGCUGGCAGCAGAGUCAGCCAAAACCAGGCUGGCCAAGGUGGAUGGGCCUUCAGAGCCAGAGCUGACCAAGGAGUUUGCUGUGACCGAGUACCCCACGCUCAUGUUCUUCCGCGAUGGGAACCGCACGAACCCGGAGGAGUACACUGGCCCCCGGGAAGCCGAGGGCAUUGCUGAGUGGCUGCGGCGGCGGGUGGGGUCCAGCACCACACGCCUGGAGGAUGAAGAGGGCGCCCAAGCAUUGAUAGAUGCCCACGACGUAGUGGUCAUCGGCUUCUUCCAGGACCUGCAGGAUGAGGACGUGGCCACCUUCCUGGCUCUGGCCCAGGAUGCUCUGGACAUGACCUUUGGCCUCACUGAUCGUCCGCAGCUUUUUCAGAAGUUUGGCCUCACCAAGGACACUGUGGUCCUUUUCAAGAAGUUUGACGAGGGGCGGGCAGACUUCCCAGUGGAUGAGGAGCUGGGCCUGGACCAGGGUGAUCUGUCCAGCUUCCUCCUCACGCACAGCAUGCACCUGGUCACGGAGUUCAACAGCCAGACGUCCCCCAAGAUCUUUGCGGCCAGGAUCCUCAACCAUUUGCUGCUGUUCAUCAACCAGACACUGGCCCCGCACCAGGAGCUGCUGGCAGGCUUUAGGGAGGCAGCUCCCCCAUUCCGGGGGCAGGUGCUGUUCGUGGCGGUGGACGUGAGUGCCAACAACAACCACGUGCUACAGUACUUCGGGCUCAGGGCAGAGGAGGCCCCCACCCUGCGCUUCAUCAACAUGGAGACCACCAAGAAGUACAAGCCUGCAGACAGGGGGCCGGUCACUGCAGCCUGGGUCACCACCUUCUGCCACUCAGUCCUCAGCGGCAAAGUCAAGCCCUAUCUUCUGAGUCAAGAGGUCCCCCCUGACUGGGACCAGCAUCCUGUCAAGACUCUUGUGGGCAAGAAUUUCGAGCAGGUGGCUUUUGACGAAACCAAGAAUGUGUUCAUCAAGUUCUAUGCCCCGUGGUGUACCCACUGCAAGGAGAUGGCACCAACCUGGGAGGCACUGGCCGAAAAGUACAGGGACCACGAAGACAUCAUCAUUGCCGAGCUCGAUGCCACGGCCAAUGAACUGGAGGGCUUUGCUGUGCAGGGCUUUCCCACCCUCAAGUAUUUCCCAGCAGGGCAGGGUCGGAAGGUGAUUGAAUACAAAAGUGCCAGAGACCUGGAGACCUUCUCCAAGUUCCUGGACAACGGGGGCAAGUUACCCGAAGAGGAGCCCGCUGAGGAGCCCUCAGCUCCCUUCCCGGUGAGUGCCUAUAUUCCAAGGCUCCAGGCCUCGGACAUGCCCUCGGAUGGGUGGCGAUGGGGCUGACUGGGCAAGGUUGGGCUAAGGGCACAGCUUCCAGCUGGGCCUCUGUGACCUUUCCAGGAUACAUUAGCCAACUCCACUGUGGAUCUCAAGGAGGAGCUGUAGCCACCCCAUCAGUGCAGGGGAGCCAUCUCCUCGGUGCCUGGGAAAUUGUGGGCAUUGAAUAAAGAGUUUUGGCCCUGGACUGUGUGUGGUUCCUGAGCAUGGCUGGCCCCCAUUUGACUUUGGCCAAAUCUCAGCCUCCUGGGGUUCCAUGUGGGAUGGGGCCUAGCCCUUGUCCCCAGACCUCCUCGUGGAUCCCUGGCUUAGGUGCUUCUAGAUCCCCACACGGUGUUGCUGCCAACUUUGGCUCCACAAGACACCCUACUCCCAAGACCCUUGGUGCCAGUAUGACCUUGUUGCUGAGGCCUGAUAUGGGCUGCGCAUAACCAGGCCGGGAUAGAGGAGACGGGUCACAUGUGCUGGAAACUGGGCUGAGGA